AAUUUGCUUAAUUAAAUAUAAAAUUAGCUUUCUUAUAUUUAAUAUGAAUUAUAUGAAAGUUGCAACAUUAUCACGCAUUGCAAUUCGUUCCUUAUCAAAUGUUGGAAGUUCUUCAGAAUCCUCACUUGUCAAAAGUGCAACAAAAGGAAAGUUUGUUCUUGUUGAAGGGAAAUUUGUUAAAGUUCAGGGGGAGGAUUUGCCAACUCUAACUGAAGAAAUUACACAUACAGGACAAUUUUUUGAUGACGAUGAUUGGAGAAGAAAUAGAUAUAUUGAUCGUAGUAAAAUUGUGAAUAGAAACUGGGCAGUGGAGAUGGUCAAUGACGUCCCACCAAUAGAGGUUGAAAGUCGAAUUGCAUACUGUGAAGGCAAAGAUGGCCCAGAUGGUCCUGCAGCUCUUGGACACCCUCGGGUUUAUAUUAAUUUGGACAAAGGAAAAGCUCAAAGUUGUAUGUAUUGUGGACUCAGAUAUAUUAGGAAACCUCAUCAUUAAGUUAUAAUAUUUUCAUCCCUGGCCAAUUCUUUCUUUAUUGUUAAGCUGAAGAUAACAUUUUUCUUAAAUACAUCUAUUUACCAUUGGCA